AUGGCGCCCCUGGUUUCUGCUUCGAGCGCCCUCGCGAAUCUAAAAGCCAGCCUGGCUACAUCAAAAGGCCGUUCAAACAUAGCACCAGCGAACCAAACCGCAGCGCCAGCGAACCGCCGCAUCGCCGCGACGUUUCGAACUCCUACGACCUUCCCACCCACACUCGUUCCCACCGCCCCUCAGACAACUUCUGCACCACCACCGACCGCCUACUCAACACUGGCCACAGCCGAGAGCCCGUUCAUCAAGCCACGGAAGCGCGGAUUUCACCAUCUCGCGAAGAAGGUGCUCGACCGGUAUGCGCAUUUCUCACAAAUCAAAGCCAUUCGGAAGCAUGAUGCGUAUCGCGAGUUCAUUUACAUGCUGGCGACGACGGAUGAUGCGCUUCUAGACGUCAUAAUCCAUGGAAACCUCCAGCUCAAGCAGACGCAAGACGCACGAGUCAAAGACGCGCUCGACUACCUACACCGGCGCGCCCAUCUGCAGCCUGGCAUCUACAUGCUGGAACUGGUCGAUCGCGUCACCAACCAAGCGCCAAGUCCGAACCAGCUCGAGCAGAUCUUGCAGUAUGCUGAUGACUACGUGGAGAAGAGAGACCCGCAAGCUGCCCUGCUAAUCGACCAGUACAAGAAGAAGAAGUGGGCGACGUUGCAGGACAUGAAGAAUGGAGAUCGUGCCUACAUGCUGAACACGAAGCACAGGACCAAGUACAGGGAGAUGAGAGCUGCGAUGAAGAGGCUGUGGGCCAACUACACCGCGGCGGAGAUGGAUCUGCCGAUGCGCCAGCCCAUGCGGGAAGUGGGGUAUUCAAAGGAUUGCGUCGAACGCCUGCAAGACCACUACGCCCAUCGAUCUUCGAACUACCUCAUGGGCUUAUUCGAUGCCAUCUGCCGUGUCUUCGCAUCUCAGCUGGGCGGCGAUUUCACGAUCGUCGACAAGGGUGACAUCAUCUACCUUGCAUGGCGCGAUCAGCAGCCCAUGCUGGCCGAGACGCUGUACACUGCGCUGGCUCAGGCUGAUACCGGUCAUGGUCGAGGGUUUUGCCACGCUGAUCCUGGCGAUACGGCAACCAGCCACUACAAGGAGUCGUCGUUCAAGUGGAGUACAAUGCAGCAAGACGUUCUGACGACCUCGCCAUUCCUCAGAAACAUCAAUGCAGAGUUGCGGAUCAUGAAGAGGCACGAAGACGCCAAGAUCAGGGUGGAAGACCUCCGCCGUCGCAUGCAAGUGAUUGAUGAGAUUGAGCAGAACGCUCCGGCCGGCCACGUCUUCGAUUCCGACGAUGAUAUGGACGACGAGCCACCGCAGCCCGGCAAAGUCGCCAGCGUCGACGAAAUGGUGGAGGAUUUGAAGACGAUGUUCAGGAUGAUUAAUGGGAUGCACUGUUUCGAUGAGGUCUUGGUGGAUCUGGAUCUCGAUGAUUGA